UAUUUGUUAGGUUGUCUGGGGUUCGAUUCUUUUCUAUUCUCCGAUCAUCCAGUAAGAAUGAGUACAGCUGCUAGGCUUACUCGUACUGAUUUGAAUGUGAAAAGCCAUCUCUGUGCCUUUUACUCUUUCAACGAGUACGUUUGAAACAUCAAAUACAGCGACAGAUAGCUUAUGUGGCUUGUAAAUACAGCGUUUCAAACGAAAAACCCAAGAAUAACAAAUUAGCCUGGUCGAAUGAGCGAUUGAAAGUCCCAACGUAAUACCAAGUCUGUCGCCGGGAAAGCCAAGAAAUCAUCGAUGAUGUUUAAUUUGAAAGUCUUGUCCAUUCGCCUUGGUUUCUUAUGUAUAUUAUGGCUGGGUUUUUUUCAAGAAACUGUGUUCGCUGCAGUGGAAGAAUGUGCUGUCAAAACAGAAUGUAAGCCAGGAGUUAUUCUUCCAGUAUGGAAAGGAGACCCUUCGACGGGAGCGCGUAUCGGCAGAGCUUUUGUAUAUCUUCUGUCUUUGUUAUUUUUCUUCUUAGGCGUAUCUAUAAUUUCAGACCGUUUCAUGUCAUCUAUAGAAAUUAUUACAUCGAAGGAGAAAGAAAUAAAAGUAAAGGACAAAGUGAACGGCAAAGAAAGAGUUGUUACUGUCAAAAUUUGGAACGAAACUGUGUCCAAUUUAACUCUCAUGGCACUCGGUUCUUCUGCGCCCGAAAUAUUGCUGUCUGUUAUUGAAAUCUGUGGAAAUCAGUUUGAAGCGGGAGAACUAGGUCCAUCUACAAUUGUAGGCUCUGCAGCAUUCAACCUUUUUGUUAUCAUUUCCGUGUGUAUCUAUGUUAUUCCUGAUGGUGAAGUCCGCCGAAUCAAGCAUCUUCGAGUAUUUGCCAUAACGGCAGCCACGUCGGUUUUUGCUUACAUCUGGCUAUACUUGAUUCUAGCGGUGAUCAGUAAAGGAGUUGUCGAAGUUUGGGAAGGUGUCCUUACUUUAGCUUUCUUUCCCCUUCUAGUUGGAUUUGCUUACAUAGCGGAUCGAAAGCUGUUAUUCUAUCGAGCCUUGCGAGGAAAGAAAAGGAAGCAGAAAAGGGGGGGAGUUUCUGUCAUUCAGACCGGCGAUUUCGAUGUUAUUGGAGUUCAAUUUAAAAAGGAUGGCUACACCGAUGGUGCUAUUCCAGAAACGGAUGAUAGGGCCUACGCUCUCACUGAACUUGGAGGACCAGCUGACUUGGAAGACGAGUUUUCUUUACACGAUUUAACAGAGGAAAGGCGCGAGAAAGCCAUUCAUGUGUUGAGAGAAAUCCGUCAAAAGUAUCCAGAUGCUGACCACGAAACGGUCGAGCGACUUCUCGAACAAGAAAAUUUACGACUCCAGCCGAAAAGUAGAGCAUAUUAUCGUAUCGAAGCAACGCGUAAAAUGGUUGGAAGUGGUAACAUGAUCAAAAUGAAGCAUGAUAAACUUGAGAAAGCUAGUAGCUCUGUAGCAGAUGCUAAGCUUGAGAUCCAAGAUAUCGAGUACGAUGACCCAUCUGUAGUAAAAGUAUAUUUUGACCCUGACGAAUACGAGGUGAAAGAAAACUGUGGAAGUGUCUAUAUGACCAUUACUCGCGCUGGUGGUGAUAUUAAUAACACUGUUUUCGUCGAUUUUAGGACCGAGGAUGGGACAGCUAAGGCCGGGGACGAUUACGAUAAAACCGAAGGCACAGUAUGUUUUAGACCAGGAGAGACCCAAAAAACCAUCUCUGUCGUUAUCAUUGAUGAUGAUAUUUUUGAGGAGGACGAACACUUCACUGUUUCUCUUGGAAAUGUUCGCAUUGCAGGUCCUGAUGGAGAUCUUAUGCGAAAUACCUAUCGAGGUCCGCCUGGAAAAAUCAUUCGAGGCGGUAAAGCUAUAAUAGUAAUUCUUGAUGAUGAUUACCCCGGUAUGUUCACAUUCGAGGAGGAGUCUGUGUCAGUACCCGAGGCAAAUAAAAUCGUGAAAAUUCGGGUAAACCGCAACACUGGUGCCCGUGGAACUGUGCGAAUACCUUAUCAUACUGAAGAAGGUACUGCAAAAGGCGGUGGCGAGGACUAUGAGGACGCUGUAGGAGAACUCGAAUUUUUAAACGAUGAAACUCACAAAUUUAUUGAGAUUGGCAUCAUUGAUGAUGAAGAUUAUGAAAAGAAGGAAAACUUCUUUGUAAUUCUUGGAGAACCACAACUUGUCAGAGAUGAGGAUGAUCCCCGUCCCUUAUCAGAUGACUAUGAUCCCGAAAAAGAGCGUAUUGAGGAACUAGGAAAGCCGAGGCUCGGUGAAAUUUCCAAAAUCGAGGUGGUUAUUAUUGAAAGUAAAGAAUUCAGGAACACAGUGGAUAAGCUGCUUGCUAAGGCCAACCUUGCGUUAGUAGUUGGGACAUCUUCUUGGAGAGAGCAAUUUAAAGAUGCUCUUACUGUUGGAGGUAGUGGAGAAAAUGARAGUGAAGAGCCUUCCCCUCCGAGUUUUGGAGACUACAUGAUGCACUUCCUAACCGUGUUUUGGAAACUGCUGUUUGCUUGUGUUCCACCCACAGAUAUUUGGGGUGGCUGGGCAUGUUUUGUUGUUUCCAUUAUAAUGAUUGGUGUUCUGACUGCAUUUAUUGGAGACUUAGCUUCACACUUUGGAUGCACUAUUAGCCUUUCAGAUAGUGUUGUUGCCAUAACAUUUGUUGCUUUGGGAACAAGUCUUCCAGAUACUUUUGCCAGCAAAGUUGCAGCAAUAAAUGAUGAAACUGCUGAUUCUUCGGUGGGUAAUGUGACUGGCAGUAAUUCUGUUAAUGUGUUCCUUGGAAUCGGCUUGGCAUGGUCUGUAGCUGCAAUAUAUCAUGCUGCUAAUGGAAGGGAAUUUAAAGUUGAUGGGGGUUCCUUAGGUUUUUCAGUAAUGCUCUUUUGUAUUGCUGCAUUGGUGGCAAUUACAAUCAUGAUGAUACGUAGAAAUAAAAAGAUAGGAGGUGAGCUUGGAGGCCCAAGAAAUCACAAAAUUGCAUCAUCAAUUUUGUUAGCUUCGUUGUGGGUUAUCUACAUUUUGCUUUCAUCCCUGCAGUCAUAUUGCCAUAUUAAUCCGGGUUUCUAGGCCAUUCCUGGUAAUACUUUUAUUAAAGCUAGUUCUAGAUAGAUGUACAUGAUUGUAAAGUAUGUACAUGCUUUUUUAAUAAACAAUAUAGGCAAGUACAUGUUCGUAUCACGCAUGUAGUUUACAGUAUGAACCCAACUGACUGUACAAAGUAUGAGCUUACUAAAUCAUAUCUGUUAAAUAUAGUAUAUACCGUAUAGUGUCGGCAUUUAACUGCAGUUAACUGCAGUUCAUUUUCUGGAAAUGUGUGUGGACCCAUUGUAUAUUUAUAUGUGAGUAGAAUUUCUCGUUGGUUCUCUCUUUUGCUUCGAGAUUCUUUUGGGAUUCUCCGGUUUUUCCUCCUUCCGCAAAAAUUUCAGUUUGGCAUGACUCAUUCUAACAUAGAUGCAAAAUAAUAUGUCAGUUAAAAGCAAUCAUUCUCACAAAAGGAGAUUUGCUAACUCCCACUUGUAGAAUGAAUUUCCUCAUGAGAAUAUUAAGACAACUGGUGUUGAUUAACUGAACAAAUGAAAGUGUACUACGACCGAUCGAUUCUGGUAGUGAAAUAUAGAUGACGUCAUCAUGCAAACGACCUAUUACCAUUCAUAGAUUGUAAUUGCAUCUCAUAGUUUCAUGCAUGCAUCGGUACUAGCUUUGAUAGCUGUAAUCAAAUGCACACUGUACAGACAAAUGGGUUCAUAUUCUAAUCUAUUAUUGUCUAUAUGAAACCUGAGAUAUGAAGUACUUAACUACUGUUUUACUAUAUUCAAAAAAAGGUUGCUCUCAACCAAUUACAAUUGCAACCUGAUAGUCAAUGUAGCCUACUCUUGAUCUCCUUGAAAUUUCUAUUUCCUCUGGCCUUCAGGUAAUGUGUUUUAGCAACAACUUUUCAUUGUUUGACUAAAAGUGCACAUACAAGUAAUUCAUGAUUSAAUAUUCUCGGUAUUGAUACUAGAGUGAAGGCAUUUAAUCAAGAAAUAAAUAAUACUAGUCAACGAGUAAUAGUCAAAUAUAGACAAAAACAAUGGAAUUAGGUUCUACUAAUGUGUAUUAGUCUAAUAUCUAUUUCACGGGUUUUGUGACUAUACCUCAGGUGAUUAGUUGAAAAAUAAUGGUAAAAUAUUUCUUGAUUUGAGUGAUGCAUCUUUAAAUUAUAAUAGUUUAUACUUUUAUCGUAUACAUUUAGUAGUGGUUGUUAUGGUAACAAUGUUUGUCAUUGUGUGAAAACAAAUCAUUACUCUUAAGUAAACCAUGAGCAAAAUAAAGAUGCUUUUUGUAUACCUUAAUGAAGGCUAACCUGACGUAAUAAACACAACGCUCCAAUCAAGAAAUAGGUUACCAUUGAACUAUUUCAGGUACAAUCAAUGCUGAGAGUUAAAAAAAAAGUUUAUACGAUUAAGAGUGGGCUACUAUUCUAUUUAAGAUAUAUUUUGAUAGCUACAACUACUAAUUAUAUUAUGUAAGGUUCAGUUAGGAUUGGUAAUCUAUAGUAUACUCUUAUUAUAUAGCUACAUAAUUUAAUGUAAUUUAAUCUUUAAUUAACUUAUUCAGRUAGGAAGUGAAGUCGUACAUUGUACAAGUACAGUACAUUGUAUGCAUUUAUUUGAAAAUUUUACAGAAUUGUAAAACUUGAGAAGUUGACAUUGGUACAUAUUUAUUUUUGUUUCGCUCAUGGCCAUGGAUUCCUGAAUAUUUCUGACUGAAAUUUUUGACAAACUUAUUUAGCUUUGUGGCGGGACACAAAAUGGUAAAAGAUGUAACUUAGUUGUUAUCUAUAAUGGGAUCAGUCUAUAUUCACGAAACACGCCUUGAUGGUUUUCGCAUUGUAAUGCACAUUAGAUUGCUAAGCCAGGACAGACAACUUCAAAUUAGGAGAUUUGUAAUUUUGUAUUACAUUUUUUCCGAUAAAUGAAAUAACUCGCCAAUUUGCUUUUGGGCACUAGUGUAGAAAAUAAACGGCUUUUGAAAUUAACCUUACUCGAUUCGUAAAAUCAGGGACUAUGUAAAAAUUCCAAAACUACAUGCCGAUUAUUAUUAUCUCUGGAUAGUUUUAAACAAUAUUUAGAAUAAAAUUAAAUCUCUAGGACAAGCUAAUCUUUUACGAAUGGUCUCUUCUAGCAAUGUUCUCCCCUGGAAGACAGAAUGGCUAAUUUGCAUUACAAUUCGCGUCCAGCAUACAGGCUCAAUUUCUUUAGGUUUUACAUAUAUGUACUCGUAAAGUAUACUGAUUGGUUUGGAGCGAUAGCUUUAUGAGAAUACACAGCACUCGCGCGCAUGUUUAUCGUUACUCGUAUUUUAUAAAAGAAAUAAAAACCUUGCUUGCUGUGAUGCCGGUGGAGUUAUAAAGCACUUGGGAAUUGCCAGAACACUCGAGAAGCACUGCUCUUCGCGUUGUGCUUUUCCUAUAGAACUUCUCUCGUGUUCUACCAACCCCGCGUGCUUUUCAGCACAGCACGWGCACGCGUUUUCUAUUUCUUCCAUUAUAUGAGUUUACGUUAUCUAUAAACCUGAUAGGUAGAAAAUAGGUUUUAGAAUAGAAACACGUACUAAAAUUAAAAGAAAUUUCAGGGUCAAAUUAAACUCAAGCUUGAACUUCACGAGAAUGUUUCACCCUAUGUAAGGUAUACUUUAAUUUAUUUAUGUAACAGGUAUGGGUUUUUUGAAGUAAUGAUUAUUAAUUACAAUAGAUGAACUAUAGUAUGCCAUUAAUGUGAGGGCGGGAACCUUAUUAUGCAGAUAGAGGCCUAUGCCAUGAUCGUAUUGAACAUAUUAUAAAAAGGUGUAACACAUUUUAGUUUUAAAUUAACAUUUUGUCAAAUUUGAUGUUAUUAAAUGGAGUACUGAUAUUCUAUCAGUGACUAAAAAAA